AGGGAGAGGGAGGUGGCAAGCAUACCCCCUUGGCUGGUCCUCCAGCCCUUUUCGCCAGCCAGUCUUCCCCCAAGGGGUUGGACUGUUCGUAGGAAGGGAACGAUGGUGUCACCACCUUCCGGACCAUUGCGCCACAAGCCCCUUCCGACCACGUGGCUGCUGGGGCUUGGCGGCGGUGGUGGGGUGGGGUGUGUGGUGAGAGCCACGACUGGGCCCGCCCCCCUGAGACCUUCAGUGUGGCUCGUAGCAUCCCUGGGGAACAGAGGUAGCUACUCCUGGAGAGAAGAGGAAGGCAAAUCAGAGGGACCCUUGCUCGCAAAGACCCAGGCUGGCCCUUUUCCACUGAGAUUUGAUCUAUGCAUCCGUCAAAUGGGCGUGUGCACUUCCUGUAGCCUUUCCAAACUGACCAUUUGGACAGAGAGGCUGCCUCUCCUGGGUCUUGGACAGCCUGCCCCAAAGCCCACCUGCAUGGGGCAUCCAGGUCUGUUAGGGGUCCAUGGGGAGUGGGGGCAGGGCUCAGGGUGGCUGACAAGUUAGGGUCCUGGGGCAGCCCUUAGCUUGGGGGAUGGUUUGGCAGGAGCCACUGUCCUCCUUGGGUCAUCCUCUGCCGGCCCUGGUUCUAGCCCUGCAGGCCUCCGCUCAGAGAACCACUCAGUUAAAACAAUCAGGCUUGGUCCCUUCCAUGAAGUUUCAGGUCCCUGCAGGUGCCUCACAGGGGAGGCGGGUGGGAGGUGGAGGUAUUGGGAGGCCCUGGCAGCAGCUCCUGUGCACCCACGGCACCCUCCCAAAGCCGGGCACGGGAGUGACAGCCUCCCUUCUCUCCCCAGGUGUGGGCCUUGGACUCCUGUUGCUGAUCACGGCAGUCAGAUGCACCUGCUUGCCCUCGUACUCCCAGCUCCUCAGCCAGCUGCGGAACCAGGCAAAAUAUCUACAGAGCCCCGAGAACCUCCUGAACCCCUAUGUCAUUUCCCGAGGCCUGGAGGAUCCGCCACUGAAAGAGUCCUGCAAGGAGCGCCCUGGAGAGUUCCCAAGCCAGGAAGCCCUAAGCAUGCUGAGCAGGCGGGGCUUGCUGUUGACCGUCAGCGUCACCUCCGACCGGGUCCUGUCCAGACUGGAGGACUGGAAGAACCGAUUUUCUCUACCUGAGCAACUGCAGACCGUCAUCUUAUAUCUGAGGGGGCUCAAGAAUAACCUCUCCUGCAUGAUCGGGCUGCUCAAGGCUUCCGAGCCCACCCAGGCCAGCCCCAGAACCCUACCGCCACCACCACUGCCUCCCCACACCCUGGACAGCUUCCAAGUCAGGGUGGAUGGGUGCAAGUUCCUGUGCGGCUACCAGCGCUUCAUGCACUCCGUACACCAGGUCCUCAACGAGUGGGGGGACAGCCGGAGCCGGAGGCAGAGCUCCAGCCACCAGGGCCAGGGAAAACAAGCCCAUGGAUUCAGAAUCAGACCCUCUGUUGGCCGGGUCAGGACAGCCAGACCCAGGGCACAGCUGCGCAGCCGAUCCUAGCCCAGGCAGAUGCAAUUCCAGGGAUGCAAGUCCUCACCUUUCAGGGAAGUGCACUUUGAAGGGUGGGCACCCAGGAGGCCUCUUUGUACCUCCUCCAGGCUGGGGCACAGAGUCAGGCCGUGGCACCUCCUUCUUCCCUCAACCCCCAACCCCGAGUUCUCCUAGGCGCGGUGUGGGGUGACCGGGUCGGGCCACGCGGGGCCGACUUUCCAUUGAUUCAGGGGUCUGAUGACACAGGCUGAGUCAUGGCUGGGCUGACUGUGCCCCCUGGUUGGCUGUUGGAGGCCAGCCGGCCCGGCCCUCUCAUGACCUGCUGGCCUGAUGGCUCCUAGACUUCCUCCUUCCUGCCCCCUGCCAUCCCCCACUGCCCAGCCCUGGCAGCUUGGUUCCCAGGAGGAGGUUAGGGCCUGAGCCGGCCUCCUACUCUUGAUUACGUCUCAGGUCAGACCCCGGCACGGCUGCAUGACCUCAGUAUAGGCAGCUGGAUCAGGGUGAGGGGUUCAGCCUCUGGCCCCUAACCCUAACUCUGGGUGGCCUCAAGCAAGGCCAUUUCCUUCUCUGGGCUCUUGGCAAAGCCAGCAGCGGCAUGCGGAGCCCGUGCAAGGACCUCCUCUGCCUGUCAGUGGCUGGGACUUCCAAACCCAGGGUGGGAAACCGAUGCUGGGCAAACCUGAACGUGCGUGCGAAUGACCGUGGAGUGAGAGGCCAAGAAGUAGCUGGUGCUCCCCCUGGUGGCAUAUCAUGGGAUUUUCUCAUGCUGAACCCACGCCCUCUUGGUUUGGGGGUAAAGGGGCGGGUCCCAGAAGCUGACUCUCAGAGUGAUGUGACUAAUUUAUUGAUUUUUUAUAUCAGUUUUUAAUCAAUUUUAUAUUUAUAUGGCUAUUUAUGAUGCAUAUUUAAUGUUAAUAUUGUGCUAACAUAUAUUUAAAAUGU